GCGGGGCCGUCCGCGAGGGCCCUCCCCCUCUCCUCGGCGGCCAUUUUGCUUGAGGUGGGAGAGCUCGCGCGGGAACGUCAAGGGGGCCUCCCUGUUCGUAUUCUAAUUAUUAUUGUUCUUGUUUUAUUCGAGGACUCAAGGAGGGACUUUUGCCGUUUGUAUUUUUUAAGCCGCCUGCACGAGGCAAGGGGUGGGGCUUUCCGAAGAGGCGAGGCGGUGUUUUGAAAAGGAACAAAAUGGCGGCCGAGCCCCUGGCCGCCGAAGCCGCGACGACAGCGGCGGCUCCUUCUUCCCUCAGCGGCGGCUCCGAGGACUCGGCGUCGACCCGGCGCCUGGCCGACCUGAGGGUGAUUGACCUGCGGGCCGAGCUGAAGCGCCGCAACCUGGACGCCGGGGGCAACAAGAGCGUCCUGCUCGAGCGCCUCAGGAAGGCCAUUGAGGAGGAAGGCGGAGACCCUGAGGAGGUUCCAGUUCCAUCCGAGGCCCCUCCCAAGAAGGUGCCCAAAAGGAGCAGCAAAGGGCGUCGUCCAGAAGAGGAAGGAGUGGACGACAAUGGGCUUGAGGACGACUCAGGAGAUGGCCAGGAAGAUAUUGGAGCAAGUUUGGAUAACUUGCAGGACAUGGACAUGAUGGAUAUUAGUGUUUUAGAUGAAGCGGAAACAGAUAACAGCAGUGGCGUAGACGGCCAGGAAGAGGAGGAGAGCAGUGCUGAUGCUAGACUCGACUCCUUCUCGGGCGGUCAGGACCCUGUGGGUGCAGAGAGGGCAGACGUUCUAGGAGAGCCGGCAGAGUCUCCUGUAGGGAACGUUAAAGAUGUUAAAGAAGAAGCGAGAGAAAUCCCUGUAGCCGAGACCAAAGGCGAGGAGGCCGGAGGCCAACCCGAUCUGACUACGGGUGAUUUUGCAAAUGUGAAGGACUCUGAAGACUGUCCCACGGAACCAGUGUGCCAUUCUAUUCCUGUUAAAUCCAUAGAAAAUGAGAAAAUACUCGACAAUUUGGGUGACACUUGUAAAUCUGAGCCCCUUAAAGAGGAAGAGGAAGAAGAGGAAGACGCAGAAGAGCCCUCCGAAGUGGAGCAGGCGCAGGAAGCGACCAGCCAGUGGCCCGGCAAGCUGGCGGAAGAGGAAGAGGCGCUCGGCCCCGCUGCUCAGCCGGACGAAGAGCUGUUAGACUCGGAGAGCCGUGCGGGCCGGGCCGCGGCCAAGAAGGAGGAAGAGGAAGGCGAAAACUUAGGGGUAGCGAAAGGGAAGCCGAGCGAACAGAGAGUUGAGGAAACCGAGCUGGACUCUGACUCUUUAGCGGUAGAGAGCAGGAGUGGUGGUGGAGGAGGAGGUGAGAGUAGCGGAGGCGCGCAAGCGGAGGAAGCCAGUAGUGAGGCAGCCGCAGAGACGGACGCAGGUCCCCAGGCGGCUAGCCCAGAAGCCGAGAAGAUGGAAGCCAAGGCUAAUGGUGAGGAAGAGUCCUCCGCCACUAGAGAGCCCUCUGCCCCAGAAGGGGGUGAUCAGAACACGAGCUGUAAUGAGGAUACACAACCCAAAAGUGCUUCAAAAUAUGAGAAGGGUCGCUUGAGUAGUAGCUCUGGCAGAAACCUCUGGGUGAGCGGCCUUUCUUCUUCGACCCGAGCUACAGAUCUGAAGAACCUCUUCAGCAAGUAUGGAAAGGUGGUGGGUGCCAAGGUGGUGACCAACGCCCGCAGCCCUGGCGCUCGUUGCUAUGGCUUUGUCACCAUGUCCUCUUCAGAGGAAGCGACCAAAUGCAUUGCCCACCUCCACCGGACGGAGCUGCACGGCAGGAUGAUCUCUGUGGAAAGGGCCAAAAACGAACCCGCUGGGAAAAAGGUGCUCUCCGAUAAGAAAGAGAACGAGGUGAAGAAAGAGAGAGACCGGCGCCACUCAGCAGACUCGCGAUCGGAAAGGUCGCUCAGCCUUAAGAAAGACGAAAAAGCGGACAGAAAGGAUGAGGCCAAGAAACCAGAAGGGAAAAGUGGCAGCGAAGAGAAAGAAGGGAAAACAACAGAGGAGGAACACAAAGCGAGAUCUGUUAGCCGCUUGAGGUCUACUAAAUCAGCAAGCAGAGGAACUGAGCGGACAGUCGUCAUGGACAAAUCCAAAGGGGAGCCGGUCAUCAGCGUGAAAACCUCAAGCACGUCGAAAGAACGAAGCACAAAGAGUCAGGACUGCAAGUCGGAGAGCAAAGAGAAGCAGGAUAUCCUGUCUUUUGACAAGAUCAAAGAGCAGCGCGAACGGGAGCGUCGGAGGCAGUGGGAGCGGGAGCUCCGAGAGUCCGAACGGCGGAGGGAGCGGGAGCAGCGCCUGCAGGUGGCCCAUGAGUGGGACGAGCGCCAGAGGCUGGAGCGGGAGCGGGAGCGCCUCCACUUCCAGAGGCAGCGCCUGGAGCGGGAGCGUCUGGAGCGGGAGCGUCUGGAGCGCCAGCGCCUGCGCAUCGAGCAGGAGCGGCGGAGGGAGCAGGAGCGCAUCCAGCGCGAGAGGGAGGAGCUGCGCCGCCAACAUGAGCAGCUGCGCUACGAGCAGGCGCGCCGCUCCACCCUGCGGCGGCCCUACGACGGGGACGCCAGGCGGGACGACUCGUAUUGGCCAGAGGCGAAGCGAAUGGCCAUGGACGACCGAUACCAUUCGGACUUCAACCGUCAAGAGCGCUUCCACAGUUUUGAGCAUCGAGAUCGCGGCCGGUAUCAGGACCACGCGGUGGACAGGAGAGAAAGUUCCAGGUCGCUCUCAGGCGGAAAUGGACAGCGUUACCCGGAUGACCGGCACGGCAGCUCCGACCGCCCUUCGCGGGAGAGCUGGGGAGGUUACGGGCCUGAGAGGAGGCUGAGCAAAGGCCGGGGAAUGCCUCCCUCAUCCCGAGACAGUCGUGACUGGGAUCACGGGCGCAAGAUCGAGAGCCAUCCAGGCCGUUCAUGGCCGAGCAACGCUGACGGAGAGAUGAUGGGAAGGGAGCAUGAAAGAUGGGAAGGGGGUGAGAGGAGCGUCCCCACACAGUCGGGUUCGGGCCAUGUGAUGCACAGAGAAGGCAUCCCUGGGCGGGCUGGGUUCGCGCAAGGCGGGACCCCGGAUCCGGGGUCCAGCGGGCCAGGCAGCUUUGCGGGCCAGGAGCGGCCGAACCGGCCCAGCUUCGCCCGGCACUAUUGAAGACUCAGCCCUCCUCACUUUCCACGCUGCCACUGUGUGGAACCGACCCCGGUCAUCGCCUGGAAUUCUGCGUGAGCUGAAACGGAAAACCGCCACACCAUCUCCUAGCUUUGCACAUGAUGUGAACUCCCAAGUGUGUGUCUUGAGUGUGUACGCAUGUGCGUGCAUGUGUGAGUGUGUGUGUGCGUUCUCCACCCCUGACAUGUUCAGAUCUGGGGGAAGCAUUCCAUUUUUCCAUGGACAAUAAAUCUUUUAUUGUGUU